AUGACGAUUGUGUCGACUGUCGCAUGCAGCACGCCAAUCAUCAAUUUUUCCUGUUAUUACCGUAAACGUGCAGCCUCGGUGGAGCUUCCUGAGUCCACAGCAUGGCUAGAACACCUUCAGCUUAAUUUGACUACUGUCAUCAAUGCUAGUUCUUCCACCGCAAACACCAGAGUGCAGUACAAGGUGCAAGCGAGCUUUACGCCUCCUUGUUGUCAAGACUCAGAGCUGGUAUGGUCAGUCACUCGCCCCUUUGAAGCCUACAGGCGUUUUCGCAAGCAUUUGCUACGCCGUCUUCAGCCGGGUCACGUAUGCCGUGCCGAGUGUAAAUGGCUAUACGCAGUAAUGAAGAAUCACUUUCCGAAACCCAAAUUAUUUGCAGCAUAUUCACCUCGUACGACAGAGGCUAGACGGCAGGCGCUUGUACGUAUGCUACGUACACUUCAUGCUUCGUUAGUUAAUCGUGGCAACCAGGGCUGCAAAGUGCUCGUGCGCAGCGUCCGUAUGGAGUUUACCAAAUUUAUAUUGGGGGAAAAUGAGCCACCUUCAAUGGCAAUGGCGGAUAGCCGCCGUAGCUCCGACGAGACGACACGCGAAUCUUCCGCUAGUUUUAUGUCCAAGAGCAGCAACGACGAAGACGAUACCAAUAAGCUUUCACCAUUUCACGAAACUUUCAAAUUCAGACGAAGCAGGGGAUAUUGUAAGUCAGAGUCUGGUCAGUGA